UAAUUUUUACAGUGUUGAUAUCACUGAGUAGGCUUUUUAGAGACAGUUGAAGGUUCUGAGGAGCAGACAGACUUCACACCAGCAGCUGGAUUUGGCCAUAGAGAAGGGCAAGCUCAUCCAACAAUAUCAGUAAAAAAAAAAAAACAACAACAUCAGGAACCACUAAAGGACGUGGAAAUGUCUAGUUUCACAAAUUGUCAUCCUCAAAAUGCAGCUCAAUCUUCACGACCUGAUGGAGCAAGUUACAUGCAGCUAAGUCCAGUGAUGGCUGCUCCCAGCAUGCACUUUGUCCCGAUGAAUCAUCAGAAUCUCCAGCCGCUUUCCCAGAGCAUUGAGACAAUUGCCCAUAUCCAUGGCCAGACUAACUUUGUACCAGAGGUGAUGUUACCCAACGGCAUGAACAUGCGUCCAGUUGGAUUACUGAAUGGAGAGCUUUUGUACAAAGUUACAGCUCCGUCCACCAUUGCGGCCCCCCUUCCUGCCAAUGUUCCCAAGCUAAAGAAGAAAACUAAAAAAAUGGAUGACCAAGUCAAAGAUCAAGCAUAUGUCAAGAAGCCUCUGAAUGCCUUCAUGUUGUUCUCGAAGGAACACAGACAAGCUGUCAAGGCCAAGUCUGCCUCAACAAAUAUUGCUGUCAUAAAUGAGAGCUUAGGAAAGAUGUGGCAUUUGCUAACUGAUAAAGAGAAGGCCAAGUAUUACGAGAAGGCUGAUGAGGAGAGGAGACGUCACGCUCAGCAGCAUCCAGACUGGUCCUGCCGCCACAACUAUGGCAAAAAAAAGUAUCAUAAAAGGAGCAAGGAAUCAGCUACAGCAGCGCCGGCUUCUGAAAUAGUAGAAAUAAAAAAGGCUUGACUGUCUUUGAACAGCUCGUUGCCUCGUCAUCAACAUCAACCAUAUGAGAGUCUCUGAGAGAACUAAUUACUGAAAAUCUAAAUACUUUGACUUCCAUGCUAUCAUGGCUUUAUUUGUAUCCUUAGCUAGAUAUUGUAUCAUUCAAAAAGUGAAAAAUGUUUUCUGUUAUAAUGCAAGUAUAAUGCAAAUUAGCAAUAGCUUCAUUUAGCUUUUUUAUGUAUUCAUUAUUAUUUCUUUGUUAGCACUAUUAACUGCCCCACAAGUGGGAAUUUAAAGGAGUCGUAUGUAAGAACUGCACUUUAAUUAUACAUUAAAUAGCCCUAAUAUUUCAAUACACAUUAUAGAAAUGUUUUUUUCUGGAAAUUUGUUCUCAAUGGUUAAGCCUAGAUUUUCCCAUUUUAAAGUCGAUAGGCAGCCUAUUUUAAUAAUUUACAGUGGAUGACCUGCCCUCCACCAAUAAGCCAAUUACGAGAUCAGUUUUACGUCCAAUUUGCCAGAGCUCUGAAGUCUUCGGAAACUAAGGGGCCGUUUACAUGGUGACUCUCUGAGAAUACGAAAAAUUUCAAAUUUGCAUUUGCCUUUGCGUCUACAUUCGAACAAUGUCGCAAUUUCGCAUGAAAACGAACUAGUAUUUAUGCCAGGCCCUAGGGGGCAAUGCAGAUUUACAGGGCGACAGAGAAUGAUGUACUUUGACCCUACCAAGCUCCCUCAGCCCGGACAAAAAUAUGCCAGCCCACUCGAAGCAAUGGCAUUUUUCUUUUGUUCAAAAAGGCAUAAAAAUGCAAACAUUCAACAUAUUUAAUUUAAAACUAUUAGUAAAACAGUAAAUUAAAGCCGGCAUUCCGCCAAAUUUGCUGUUUUUAAUGUUUAGGAGAACGGCUGCGCACACCCAAUGUCACGUGUACGAGUGCUGACGUUAUCGGCGCAGUCUCGCGCCGCGGGAGCCUUUGAUAUGCAUGCCGAGGAAACCCCCCUCAAUUCGCCGCAAUCAAAUUCUUCCACUUUGGAGGCAGGAUUCAGAAUUUUUCGUCUUCGCCUUCUGUCUUCGCAGACACCAUAUGCACGCGAGGCGAGUCCACUACUCAGUCAUUGCGUCUUUGUGUCACAGAGUCGCCAUGUAAACUGCCUCUAUGUUUGCUACAACUUUCACAAACAGCAUACACACAUAUAUCCCGGUAAAUUCCCGUGUAAGGUGACGCGAGAUUUACUCACGUCAUUGCGAUAUCCCGGGUGGACGCGGGUUGGACACUUUGACAGACUUGUCCAUGUUGCCCACUCGGCGCUCUCUGUGCGGGGAGGGCUGCUGGCGUGAAGAUGGAUGAUGGACUCCUUUCGUCGGCUCUACAAUCCAGUAGCAAUUUAAUAUCGUAUUGUUUCAGUUUAAUUUAGCUAUUUCCAGCUUGCCAUGUUGAUAAUUGCGAUGUUUGUUUACUGCUUUUUGUCCUACUGCGAAGAAAGAAGUGACAAUCGGCCCACCGUGACAUUUAUGUCAUCACUCAUCGUGCUGUGACCCGUGAAUUUAACUUGCUUUCACACAAACCACUUCCCGGGAAAGUCCUGUACAUUACCACUAAUUGUGCUAGUUCUCCCACUUGAAAAUAUUAGAGAGGCCUGUAAUUGUCAACAUGGGUAAACCUCAACCUUGAGAGACAG